AUGCUCCGUCCGCGCUGGACCCUCCACGCCGAAGCCCUCUUCUGGCGCACGCUCAUGGGCGCCGGCAUGACGCUCCAUCGCAUGGCACCCCCCGUCCCCCCCGUGCCCACAUUCACACGCACCAUCCCCUCCACGCUCUCCCCUACCCGCGGUGCCAUCCCGAUAGUCUUCUACACGCCGCCAUCCUACGCCACCCGCAACCCAGCGCACAAAUACCCACUGCUGAUCAACUUCCACGGCGGCGGCUUCACGCUCGGCCGCGCAACGGACGACUGCCGGUGGGCUGCGGCCGUGGUCGAGCAGGUCGGCGCGGUUGUGGCGAGCGUGGACUACCGUCUCGCGCCGGAACACCCGUUCCCCACGGCCGUGGAGGACGGCGCCGACGCGAUACUGCACCUUCUCUCGAACGCCGGCGAGCUGGGGCUCGACGCCCGCCGCGUCGGCGUCAGCGGCUUCAGCGCGGGCGGCAACAUGGCCUUCACCACCAUCCUGCGCUACGAGGCCGCGCUGCGUGCCGGCGCGCGGGAGCGGUGCGGGCAGCUGCGCGUGGUGGUGGCGUGGUAUCCGAGCACGGACUUCACGUCGUCGCGCGAGCUGCGGCGCGGGACGAACACGCGGCCCGAUAAGGAGCUGCCGAGGCUGUUUACGGAGCUGUUUGACGCGAGCUAUCUGUACCCGCCGAAGGACGUGUCGAUGGAUGAUCCGUAUUUGAGCCCCGGCGUGGCCGGGGGGGAGUUGUUGGGCGUGUUGCCGGACGAGGUGCUGCUGUGGACGUGUGAGUGGGAUGAGUUGGCGGCGGAGGGGGAACGGUUUCGGGUGAGGCUGGGGGAGGUGGGCAAGAGGGUGGGGGGGAGGGUGGUGGGGGGGACGGCGCAUGCGUGGGAUAAGAGCCCGAAUCCGGUGGCGGGGGAUGCGGUGAGGGACGAGGUGUAUAAGGAGGCGUGUGGGGAGCUGCGAAGGGUAUUUGGGUUGUAG